AUGCCUACAGCUUGUUCAUGGCAGCCAUUUAGUCCUUCUUAUGCUAUGCCUAUGCCAAGUGAUCUAAUCCCAAAAAGAUUUUACCACCCACAAGUAAACAGGCAUGGGCAAAAGUUUGGUGUUGAUCCCAGUAUUGAGGUUCUCACUGGAUUGGGUAAAGCAAUUAAAGUGUGGGCCAUUUUUGGAGUUGAUGAAUUCAGUCAUUUGGUAUGGAUUUGCUUGGAAACAGCUGAGAGAAGCAAAGAUGAAGAAACAUCUCGAAAUCAGGUAGUUCUGGCCAACAAGAUCUUUGUAUUCAUGAAGGAUAUGGGUGUUAGGAUUGAGGAGGACGUAUAUGGUCCGUUCUUAAAAUAUUUGAUUGAUUUUGGGCUGGAAAAAGAGUUCUAUGCUUUUAGUGAUCAUAUGAAAGAGAAAAGUAUGAGGCUAAUCAUGGCUUAUUAUGAGAUGCUUCUUUUGAUUAGGCUGAAAGAUAAUGAAAAGAUAAAGGCUUUUUACCACAGUCUUGAUUUGUGUGACAGUGCAUAUCAGCUUUCCUUUAAACAGAGUUGUUUGUAUGCAUUGAGUGAGUAUGAUCAGAAGGAAGAGCUUUUGGAGCUAUUGGAAGAUUUUGAUGUCAGUAAACUUUCUUGGUGUUCUGACUUAACCUUGGUUUUUAAAGAUCUGGGAAAACCAAUGCUGGAUUCUGUUGCAGAGAUGUGGUUUUUCAAAUUAAUGAGAAGUGGUUUCAGAAGGGAUAAAAUUUCUGAUUUUAUUUUUGACUAUACAACUGCCAACAGAAACUUGGAAGCGCAAGUGGUGUAUUCCAUGUUCAAGAACCUGCAUAUGAGAUUGGGUCUGAGGCCUACAAGCCAUGAUAGGUUGAUUAAGUAUUUCUACAAGACUGAUUUGUUUUGGGCCAUUAUAGUUUCAAAUGACAUUAUGACAGAUGGAUUGGUGAUAUCUCUUAGGACAUAUUAUUAUCUACUGAAUUGUUGUAAGGGAGCAUGUGAUUAUAGUAUGUUUUGGAAGCUUUUUGAGGUGAUAUUAUCUCAUGGGAUGAAAUUGGAUCCAGCCUUUUUUGAGUUGAUGAUAGGAAUCCCUUUAGAAAGGGGAGAAUCUAUACAUAAGAUCCUCCAUUCUUUGAAGAUGUUGCAUCUGACGGAAGAGAAUGUGUACAAGACCAUUGUUAACUUCACUAAAGGGGCAAAGAAGGAAUAUGCAGUGGCUCUCUACAGAGAAGUGUUAGCAAAUACGAGCAUGAGCCCAGGUCCAGAUCCUUAUAUUUGUCAUUGUGUUUUAUCUCCUUUGACCGAGUCCAUUCGAGAUCUAAAUUUGUGGUUGGUAACACUCCGGCGAUUGGAAAAUUCAAAUUUUUGGCUCAAUGGUUGUUACAAGGUUUUGGCUGGUUGUGUUCGUCUCAAGGAGUUAAACACCAUUGUUAGUUUGCUCAAACAAGUUGUACAUCGAGGAAUUCCUUAUGAUAGUGUUGGCCGGGAUAUCUUUUUUGAAGUCUUUCUUCGAUUUUUGCGGAGAGCCUCUAGGUUGAGCAUGGACUUCUUACUUGCUGCAUGUGUUAGCGCCAGAGAUUUGAAAGCCUGCCUUUUGAUUUGGGAUGAGUACAAGGCACUUGGUAUUCCUUAUAACAUUGUGACUCUUUUAAGGAUGUAUAAUGCACUUCUAUCUUUGGGAGAUUUUGAGUCCGCUGAUCGUAUCUUGGCGGAAAUUCCAGAAUAUGACCAGUCUAUUGAGGAUAUCAUCAAGACAUCUCAGGCGAAAUAUGUGACUCCACCAUGA